AAAAUUGCACUGAUUUGUAGUUGUCUUUUUUUUUUGUUAAAAAAAGAUAAAAAAAAAAACUAAAUAACUUGUUUUUUGUUAAAAAAAAAAUUAAAUAAAUUGUUUUUUUUUAAUAAAUGAAAAAUAAAAAAAAUUUUAUUUUUUUGAGAGAAAAUUAAAAAAAAAAAAAAGAAAUAAAUAUUAAAUGAAAAUAAAAUAAAUAGUGAUUGUUUAUUUACAAUCAUGGAAGCUGUGCCUAUGGAAUAUUCUUUUUUUUCAUCACCAUUUUUAUAUCCUCUAUUGACAAUAGCUACUGUUUUAUUUGCCGUUUAUUAUUAUAUUGAAUCAUUGCGAAUCGUGAAACUUGGAAAAAAAUUACCUGGACCGCCGACAGUUCCAUUUCUUGGCAAUGCUCUAUUAGCGGUUAAUGUAAAACCAAAAGAUGUUUUAAGUAAAGUUCUUGAGCUUGAUAUUUAUGGAAAUGUAGCGCGAGCAUUUUUAGGACCAAAACUUGUUGUUUUUCUUGCUGAUCCUAAAGACGUUGAAGUUAUACUCAGUAGUCAUGUUCACAUUGACAAAUCGCCAGAGUAUAAGUUUUUUAAGCCAUGGUUGGGCGAGGGUUUACUAAUAAGUACAGGAGAAAAAUGGCGAACACAUAGAAAAAUAAUUGCCCCAGCAUUUCAUUUGAAUGUUUUACGUUCAUUUGUCCCUUAUUUCUAUGAGAAUAGUCGUGAUCUUGUGAUGCGAAUGAAAAAAGAAGGUGGCAAAGAAUUUGAUUGUCAUGAUUAUAUGUCAAGUAUCACUGUUGAUAUUUUAUUGGAAACUGCAAUGGGUCUUCGUGGUGAAAAUAAGGAAAAAAGUGGUUUUGAUUAUGCCAUGGCAGUUAUGAAAUUGUGUGAGAUUCUUCAUCGACGACAAUACGAUAUAUUAUUGAGAAUUGAUGCAUUAUUUCGAUUUACAAAUUUUGCCCAACAAGAAAUUAAACUUUUGGGUAUAAUUCAUGGACUUACGUCACGUGUCAUUAGAAAACGUAAAGCUGAAUUUGCAGCAAAAGGACAACUCACAUUGGCUGAGAAAGAAAAACAAAAAGAAGAGGAAUUAAAAAAAAUUAUGGAAAAUGUUAAAAUUGAUGAGAAAAAAACUGCUUAUACAAAUUUACAUUAUGUUCGCGAUGAUCUUGAUGAAAUUGAUGAAAAUGACGUUGGUGAGAAGAAAAGACUUGCGUUUUUGGAUCUCUUGCUAGAAAUGACAAGAGGAGAUGGUCCAAAAUUGACUGAAGAGGAAGUCCAAGAGGAAGUGGACACAAUUAUGUUCGAGGGUCACGAUACAACGGCAUCUGGAUCAAGUUUUGCCCUUUGUGUCCUCGCAGCUCGUCAGGAUAUUCAAGCGCGAGUUUAUGAAGAACUUCAUGAGAUUUUCAAGGGCUCUGAUAGACCCUGCACAUUCCAGGACACAGUGGAAAUGAAAUAUUUAGAAAGAGUAAUUUUGGAAACACUUAGAUUAUAUCCACCUGUACCUGCAAUUGCAAGACAGCUUAAUCAUGAUGUGAAACUUGCAUCUGGAGAUUAUAUUGUUCCAAAGGGAACUACAGUUGUUAUUGCCCAAUAUAAAAUACAUCGAUUAGAAGAAUAUUAUCCAAAUGCUGAAGUUUUUAAUCCUGACAAUUUUUUGCCUGAAAAAAUGCAAAAUAGACAUUAUUAUUCUUAUAUUCCAUUUAGCGCUGGACCAAGAUCUUGCGUUGGUAGAAAAUAUGCGAUGCUAAAAUUGAAAGUAUUGCUCUCAACAAUUUUGCGUAAUUUCAAAAUUAAUUCAAAUUUUUCCGAAAAGGAUUUUAAAUUACAAGUGGACAUUAUUCUCAAAAGAUCAGAUGGUUUUAAAAUAAAAUUAGAACCACGUGUUAAAGCCAGUGCAUAGAUUAUAAUUUAAAUUUUUAUACAUUAUAUUAUUUAUAUAUAUAAUUAUAUUUAUAACAUUAUGUUUUAUAAAUAAUAAUAAUAAUAAUAAUAAUAAUAAUAAUAAUAAUAAUUAAUAAAAAAUACCGAAUUGAAAAAACUUUA